AUGCAACACCCUUUGUUCCCCCCUUCUCACCCUUCCCCUGCUUCCUCCCCACCCUUCCUCCCCCACUCCCCGCUCCCAGCAUCCGCCUGCGCCCAGAAUCUACCGCGCCCCGGCCCAGUGGCAGCAGGAGGGGGUGGCGGAGUGGCAAUGGGGGGAGGGCCCGGGGGAGCUGCAGCGGGAGGGGGAGGCGGAGCAACAACAGGGGGGUUCGGGGGACCCUUUCCACGAGUGGCGCAGCAGGGGCAGGGGGGAGAGGCUGGACAGCUGGGGGACCUCUAUGCUCAUCUGGACGCUGAGCUGGAAGGUCAGCAGAACGAGGACAUCAACGGGCACAUGCACGUCUUCGCCUUCAGUGUUGACAACACCACGUUCAACCUCCUCUACGUGAUCACUGUAUCGCAUGUCCCGGACCAAGCAACCCCCACCAACGCUACCAUCACCAGCAGCCAGAACGACACAGUGCUGUUUAUCCCUGCCACGUGGCGCGAAACCACUGGCCAGCAGGGGUUCAAGAUGGACGAUGAUGGCAUGAUGGGUUGCUCUGGAGGAAUGAUGAAUUGCUCUGGUUACAGUUAUGCAGCCGCGGGUUACUGGCCCAAUGUGAAUCCAACGUCCGCACGCGCCCAGCAGCCUCCUGCGGGCCCGUUACCAGCAGCAGGGGGAGGUGGAGCAGCAGGGGGGGGACUGCCUGUGCCAGCAGGGGGAGGGGGCGCACCAGCAGGGGGGGGAACGCCCUUGCCAGCAGGGGGAGGCGGAGCAGCAGGGGGGGGAAUGCCUGUGCCAGCAGGGGGAGGGGGCGCAGCAGGGGGUGCAGGCGGAGCAGCAGGGGGAGUGCCUGUGCCAGCAGGAGGAGGGGCAGGAGGGGGAGUGCCUGCACCAACUGGGGGCGGAGGAGCAGCAGGAGGAGGUGCUGGGGGAGCAGCACCAGGGGGGGGAGCAGCACCAGGGGGGGGAGCAGCACCAGGGGGGGGAGCAGCACCAGGGGGGGGAGCAGCACCAGGGGGAGGGGCAGCACCAGGGGGGGGAACGCCUGUACCAGCGGGGGGAGGUGGAGCAGCGGGGGUGGGAGGUCCUGGGGGAGCAGCAGCAGGGGGAGGUCCUGGGGGAGCAGCAGCAGGGGGAGGACCUGGGGGAGCAGCAGCAGGGGGAGGACCUGGGGGGGCAGCAGCAGGCGGGGCACCUGGGGGUGGCUGA